AGGGAAGUACUUCCGGGUCACCUCGCUCCGAGAGGUAAGCAAAGUUGCUAGGCGAAAACAAGAAUCCGAAAAGGCUCUCCUCAUCAUGCCUGCUGCUGUAAUUAUGGAAGAAAGUUUUGACAAACUAUUAGAGCAGUGUGAAGCGCAAGAGCUCGAGGCACCAGGAGGCAUUACAACCCCUCAAGUAUAUGCGCAACUUCUGGCACUUUAUUUACUACACAAUGAUAUGAAUAACGCCAGGUAUCUCUGGAAGCGGAUUCCACGGGCAAUCAAAGUGGCAAAUCCUGAAUUAGCAGCAAUUUGGACAGUUGGCCAGCACAUAUGGCAACGAGAUUUCCCCGGGAUCUACACAUCCAUUGCAGCUCAUCAGUGGUCCGAAAAUAUUCUCCCGGUAAUGGAGGCCCUUCAAGAGGGUACGCGACAAAGGGCCUACGGGCUCGUGGCGCAGGCGUACACGUCCAUAACCGCCGAAGACUUUGCCGCCUUUGUGGGCUACUCGGUGGAAGAAGCCAUCAAAGGUGUGGUGAGUCAGGGCUGGCAGGCGGAUCCCACCACCAGGAUGGUGAUGCCCAAAAAGCCAGAUCCUCCCCCCGUUUCGUCGGUUCCCAACGAGCAGCAGUUGGCCAGACUCACCGAUUACGUGGCGUUCUUGGAGAACUGAUGACCACGCCAAAUAUUUGUCUUUCGAUUUGUGCAGACUUAUCAUGCUUUUGUGUUAUAAAAAUAAAUACUUACAAACA